AUGAACACCAUGAACAACAUGCAUCUCUACGCAGACUCCCUCGGGAUACAUCCAGCAGACCACUACCCGACGAUGAACGAGAUCGAGACCACAGACAAUACGUACCCACGAUACACAUCGCCACCACACCCUAGCAUAUUGCACCAUCCACAAGCACCAGAACCUGCACCUCCUCGCGCACAAACAGCGCAUCCGCCCGCGUGGGCCCUGACCUCGCAAUCUGGAUACCAAAUGAACGAGCCAAGCCUCAGUUUAACUCCAGAGCAUCGCCCAGCCGCAGGCCCACCCAACGGCCCCAAUCUGAAUCAUGACUCUGACCCUCGCAGACCCGCUAGACGCCAACAGCCCUGCGGAGUCGGGACAACCCGACCUCUUCCAGGCUGUCCCGGUCAGGGUCAGGAGCCCUCCAGACGCAGGACCACGUUCACGGACUCUAUUUCCAACCCUGAUUCAACCAUCCGCUGCUGGGACCACGGCUGUGAGGGGCGCAAAUUCUCAUCGGUGGGAAAUUACCGCCGCCAUCUACGCGAGAAGAACGGGCAGGCCAAGAUGCACCCUUGUCCAGACUGCGGGCGGGUCUUCACGCGCUCAACCGCGCGCAAUUUCCAUCGGCAGUCUGGAACGUGCGGACUCAUUCCAAGCCAGCUGAUGCUCCAGAUGGGGAUGGGAAUGCAGCUGCAGGUGCAGAUGCAGCCUGUGUCGCAGCACUCGCUGGCCUCUGGCCACCCUCCGGCUUUCAACCUGGCCCCGCCAGUGCUGUUGGAACCCCUGGCCGAUUGGAGCGAGCCCAGUCAGAUGGAUCUGUACGCGGCUUCUGGGGUGGUGUUUGAUUGA